AUCUGCAGGACACGUAUCUUCAAACGCAGGAAAGUCAACCGGACACAGCAAUUCACGUUCAUGCCUUCAGUCACAGGACGUCUCGAAAGCAAACUAUUUACUACAUGAGCAGAGGGUUUGGUAACUAAAACUAAUUGUUAGGUUUCAAGAAGCCAAAUUCACAGGGAUCAUCAUUUGAAUGUCUUAACAGAAGAUGAAUAUAAAUUCUCAUUCAUAUUCUUUACAGAUUAGAUGAACCAUUACAUGCUGUGUAACUGCUCAGCUGCCGGACGGUGAUUGGCUGGGAAGGGCCAGAAGUGCAGCGGGAGUGAGUGAAAGAGUGCAGACGCUCUCAGUCUGGGAUCUGAGGGUCUCCGCUCUCAUCCACAGCGGAUGAUCAACAGGAAGUGCAGCUCCAGGCCAGGGAAUCACUAUGAGUGGCGUGAAGCCGUGCAGCUCUUUUGGAUUGGUGGGCAGGUGAAUGUUGAGCCAUGCUGACGGUGAUCAGCGUCCGGCCGUUUGUGCUGCGAUCUGCUCUUACUGCGCUUCUCUACACGGCUCAGGUCAUGGGCUCCACGUUGGAUGAUCUGAUCUAUAAACGGAGUGAAUAUCAAGAGAACUGCACACGAUUCCUGAAAGCCACUUUCCCUACUGGAACUGGAAUUUUCUGCAAUGGAACUUUUGACGUUUUUGCCUGUUGGCCACAUUCAUCUCCUGGGAUAGUAUCCGUUCCCUGUCCUCCUUAUUUACCAUGGAUCAGAGAAGAUGCUACUAGAAAUGUGUACAAGGAAUGCACGGUCAACGGCACGUGGAAGACUGAGGAGAACUCCAGCAACGUAUGGAGAAAUCAGUCGGAGUGUGAAAACCAUUAUUUUUUCAAGCCCCAGGAAGAGGAGGUAUUUCGGCAGUCUGUGUUGAGAGUCGUGUACAUUGUAGGAUACUCGCUGUCUUUUUCUUCUCUUUGCUUGGCUGUUCUGAUCAUGAGUCUUCUGAGGAAGCUUCACUGUACGAGGAACUACAUCCACAUGAAUCUCUUUGUAUCGUUCAUAUUUAGAGCAACAGCAGUAAUUAUCAAAGAGGUUAUGUUACAAGUCACGUAUACCAACCUGCCCAGGGAUGAAAUGGGAUGGAACGGCUACAAAAAAUCUGCGAUUUAUUUCCUCUGCAAGGCCUCAAAGGUGUCGCUGGAAUAUUUUGUGGGAUGUAAUUACUUCUGGCUUCUAGUGGAGGCGAUAUUCCUGCACACGCUGCUGUUCACUGCGGUGUUGACCAGGAAAAGACUUCUGAAGAAAUACAUGAUCAUCGGAUGGGGAACUCCAUUAUUGUUUGUGAUUCCCUGGACCGUAGCCAAAACGUUGUAUGAAAAUAAAAGCUGUUGGUUAAAUAACAUCAAAUGGAUCUGGUGGAUAAUCAGAGGCCCAAUAACAUUAUCAGUGAUCGUCAUUUUUUGCAUUUUUCUCAAAAUCAUCAGACUUUUGCGGUCCAAGUUCAGGGCCGACCAGCUGAAGUUCACCGACUACCAUUACAGUUUACUCAGAGCAACGCUCGUGUUGAUCCCUCUGCUCGGGAUCCACGAGAUCGUCUUCACCAUAAUUAUCGACGAAUCGGUCGAAGGAACCACCCGCUACACUCGAAACUUCGUCCAUCUUACCCUGAGCUCUUUCCAGGGUCUGUUAGUCGCAGUGCUGUACUGCUUUGCAAAUGAAGAGGUCAAGGCUGAGCUGAAGAAGCGGUGGCAGCUGUUUGUUUCUUCCAAUCACUUUGAGGUGCACAACUGCUUCGCGGACAUUCACCCCAAACACCUGUGGAAGUGCUCGCAAAAGAGCCCCGGACAAAACACAGAGCAGAGCGAAUCCAAUGAGGACAGAGGCCACGCCCCCACACAGGCGCAUCAGCUGCAGGUGGCUGUCCAAUCAGCAGAGGACGUGGCCUGUGGGCGGAGCUUGGGCCUGGAGUUUUACAUGAGGAAGAGCCUCUCCAGCAGCGACGGGGAAAUUACUUCAGGGGAGACGAUGGAGGAGAUCAUAGAGGAGAGCGAGUUUUGAAAUCUGUCAUCUACCCCUUCUCGUGAUUGAUUUUUCUAUAAAUAUGUAAUUAGGGAAGUAUAUUUCCACACUUUAAACACUGUAAAUUAUUUAAGUUUGUUUCCGCCACGGAAAAAAAAAAAGGAAUGUGACUUUUUAUAUCACAAUUCUGACCUUUUUCUCAAAAUUCCAAAUCGCAAUAUGGAGUUUAUAACAAUUCUGAGAAGAAAAACUCAGAAUGGCGUGAUAUAAACAUGCAAAAGUCAGAAUUGUGAGAUAAAAAGUCGCAAUUUCCUUUUUUAUUCCGUGGCGGAAACAAGCUUCCAUAGUAAAUGGCUUCCAUUAUGUUUUUGAUACCUGAUUUUUGUACAUCUAUAGGAAGGAGCUCCACAAUCUAAGCUUUAAAAUACUCUUUUAAAUUGCAGUGCUCAAAGAUUGACAAAUUAAACAUCAGUUCAAUGAAGACCUGUUUAGGGAUGCACAAUAUAUCGGCCACCAUAUCGGUAUCGGCCGAUAUAUGUUAAUUUUUAAUGUUAUCGCUAUCGGCCUGAUUUGGCCGAUAUAUUAAAGCCGAUAAAUAAUGGAUUAUUUCCUUCCGCUGAGACACUUCAGAUGUAUACUGAUCACCAUGAUAGUUUUGAAUUGCUUGAAAUAUGGAGUCACUUUAAAAAGAAAAAUAUAGUGCAACAUAUGUAGCGCAAGUCUGUCAUAUAGGCUACAUAAAAUUAUAAUGAUAAUCAUUAUAAUUGUGUGCUUGGGACAUGACUUUUAAUGGUGAGACUUUUGUCUUUGUAAUCGGGCUCUCAAAAAUUAAUUUGGGUUUAGAUUUAUCGGCCAAUAUAUCGGUUAUCGGCUUUCAAAUAUAAAGAAUUAUCGUAUUGGCCAAAAUUACAUACAUUAUCGGCCAAACUCGCUCUCUUCUAUGAUUUAUUGGCCAAUAAAUCGGAUAUCGGCUUUCAAAUAUAAAGAAUGUUUGGUUAUCGGUAUCAGCCAAAAUGUUUUGAUUUUAGAUUUAUCGGCCAAUAUAUCGGUUAUCGGCUUUCAAAUAUAAAGUAUUAUCGUAUCGGACAAAAUUACAUACAUUAUCGGCCAAACUCACUCUCUUCUAUGAUUUAUCAGCCAGUAUAUCGGUUAUCGGCUUUAAAAUAUAAAGAAUGUUUGGUUAUCGGUAUCAGCCAAAAUGUUUUGAUUUUAGAUUUAUCGGCUAAUAUAUCAGUUAUCAUCUUUUAAAUAUAAGGAAUUAUCGGUUUUCGGUAUCGGCCAAAAUUACAUAUGUUAUCGGCCAAACUCGCUCUCCUUUAUGAUUUAUCAGCCAAUAUAUCAGUUAUCGGCUUUCAAAUUCAAAGAAUGAUUGGUUAUCGGUAUCAGACAAAUUUUUUUGAUUUUAGAUUUAUCGACAAAUAUAUCGGUUAUCGGCUUUCAAAUAAAAAGAAUUAUCGGUAUCAGCCAAAAUUACAUACAUUAUCGGCCAGCUUGCUCCCCUCUAUGAUUUAUCGGCCAAUAUAUCGUUAUCAGCUUUCAAAUAUAAAGAAUUAUCGGUUAUCGGUAUCAGCCAAAGUUUUCAUAUCGGUGCAUCCCUAGACCUGUUUCAAUGAAUAUGACAAGACUAGUGAUUUAUACAACAGUGAAAACAGGGAUGGACUGUGAUUGACACUCUCAUACAACAUAUUACUGGCUGCUUUAUUAUCUAGAUCAGUGGUUCUCCACUGGUUUUUGCUUCAGGACCAAGAUUUUACGUCAUGUUGCGACUCACAGCAGUGCUAAAACUAUAGUGCAAAAGCAGCAGAAAUGCAAAUCUUGAAAUUCAUUAAUGUUUCCAUAUUUGCUACAUUGUUGCGUUUCACUGUCCUAGAUAAUGCUGUUAGAUGUAUUUUAUUAUUUGCAUUUUUUCCUGCAUUUUUGGGUCAAACCAACCAGUUGAGAGCCACUGUUUUAACUUAUACAUUUCUCUGCAUUUUGAUAUGCUUAAAAUAAUAUUUUUUACAUUGCAAAAGGUAGCACAAUUAAACUGAACAAUUAACAACAAAUAUCUCCCUCAUUGUAUGUUUACUUUGCAUCUACAUUUGGCGAAGUGGCCCAUUUGAAAAUCUUCACUUCAUUUUACAAGAAUGCAUACUAGUAGAAUAACAGAAUGAUGAAUACUCAAUAUAAAAUGUAGUAGUAUCAGUAGAAUACUAAAAUGAAACAUUUGCAUGACUGUUACAUAUAGUAUUUUAUUCAUGGGCAAAUGAAUGUGAAGCAAAGUUGUGGAUUAUUUACAUAUAUUUGCAUGUGGUUCCACCUCACAUGGAUGGCAAUGAUUGUGAAUGUGACCGUGUCUUUUGACCCUUUUUGCCAAUGGACUGUUUGUGUCAGUGUAUUUCAUGACAUGCAGAGGAAAAUUAAAUGCAUUCCUGUUGGUGUUGCCAUUUUUAA